GGAGAGGGGAAGGGGCGGGGCUGAGGUAGAAGUCAGGUGAUCGGGGAGGAGGCGACGGCGAUGACGUCCGCUUUGACCCAAGGGUUGGAGAGGAUUCCGGAUCAGCUGGGAUACCUGGUCAUCAGCGAGGAUGGGGUGCUGUCCUCGGCAGGGGAACUGGAAAACGAUGAGCACACCGCUGGGGUGAUCAUGCGGAUGAUGCAGACCGCUGUCAAGCUCUGUGUGAACGGCAAUACCGACCCCUCCUUCAAGAGAAUGUCAGUGGUGUUUGGCGAGCACACAUACAUGGCGACCAUCUCCGGACAGAAGGUGUUUGUGGUAAAAAGACAGAACAACCCUCACGAGGCCGUUGAGGUGUGAGCCAGUCUCCUAGAAACAAGUCGAUUCCUACCGCCAGAUGCUUGGAAACUGAACUUCCCCCCUCUCUCCACUGGAAACCUCCAGCCCCUUUCACUGCCUCCUCCAACUCCCCUUCCACGGAUCUGGCAGCAAAACCUCUGGUUUCUACCUUGUUCGACAAUCACCUUCCCUCCCCAUCCACAAAAUCUCCGGACUCUGGAGCCUGUUAUUUAUUUUUCCGCCUCGAUUUCCAGUUGAUGGAAUGGAGAGGGAGAAGGGAGAAGAGGGGUGUAAGUUUAGAUUGUGCCGGUGAACUGCAGAAUCUGUUUUGUUCCUGUUUGCCUGUCGGGUGGAAAUAAACCUCUUGUUGCAUGCGCUCGA